AUGGAUAGUCUGCAACCCGUCCUGCCUCAAAAGAGGAUCAGGCAGAUCUUCUCAUGCAACGAAUGUCGACGGCGAAAACUGAAAUGUGAUCGGAAUAUUCCGUGCAAUAGAUGCGUGAAAUCUGGUUGUCCUGGAGCGUGUCUCUAUACAUCGCGCAACAAGCGGUCGAUUCGCGAGAGGAGGGCCAAUGUCGAGAAUGCUCGGAGCGACAUUACACCAGGACGUCCUGCGGAAUGCAAGUCACAGGAAACUGCUCGAGUCGCAGAAACUGGGCAAAUAACACCUGCCUCGACGGACAUCCCCGAGGAACGGGAUAAUACUAUCUCGGAUCUUCAGAGAAGAGUAAUGAUGCUGGAAAGUCUUCUUACAGAACGUACUAGUGAACCUUCACAGCCAAGGCCCUAUGACGGCUUCUCUCUCCGAAAUGAUAGCGGGCUGGCAGAGUGCUGGCCAAACCAAGCUGGACUUCGAAAUAUUCACUUCAUGAGAGAUUUCCUACAUGGGAAGAAUAAAAAUACCAGCUUCCACGGGAGGAGUCACUGGCAUUCACUAUUUGGACAAUUUGACGACGUGAUUUCGAUAUUGGAAACCUGCAAAAAGAGGAAAGAUGUAGGUACUGCUAGGGAGUAUAGAUCCAUGAAAACGCUCCUCAGGCAGACAUGGGACAGGAACUGCUGUGGGGAGCAGCAUCAGGCGAUGAUCCUGCACGGCUAUAUCCCUCCUCGAGACGUCGCUGAUCAACUAGUCGACUUCUACUUGGAGACGUUCGAGUACACGUACAGAAUCCUCCAUGUACCAACGUUCCGGAAGUUGUACGACGAAUUCUGGGUGACACCAGCCAGGGAGAACUUCCAUCUCAUGGCGCAAAUAUAUUCAAUUCUGGCGAUCAGCGCCUCUUAUUAUUUCCAGAUGGAAAGCGUCCCUCCUAGCAUCCUACCGCUCAAGGACCAGAUUCCCAUCUGGCUGCAUUGUGUUCAACAUUGGCUGGACCAUGCCCUUGAGAACAAAAGGAACCUCUUCCACGCCUUGCAAGUACAGUGCCUAUUGACAAUCGCCCGUCAAGUCAGUUCAGCCGAUAGUAACAUGGUAUGGAUAUCCUGUGGUGCUAUGGUACGCACCGCAAUAUCCGCGGGUCUCCAUCGGAAUCCAAUGUCGUUCCGUAGCAUGACACCGUUUUACGCAGAGAUGCGGCGCCGGUUAUGGGCCACGAUAAUGGAACUGGAUCUUCAAGCAUCACUCGAUGCCGGAAAGUGUCCGACUCUUUCUUACAGCGAUUAUGAUUGUGAUAUGCCGUCGAAUUUAGAUGAUGAUGAUAUCGCGGAUCCUGAUCGAAUUCCGUCAAAUUCGAAAGACCCUGACCGGUCUACACGGACAUCAUUCUUGGUGGCACUCUCCAGAUCACUUCCGGCUCGGAUUGAAGUUGCCAAGCUGGCAAACGGUCUCGAUGCCAAUGUCUCGUAUAAUGAGCUUCUGAGACUUAGCGCUGAGAUCACGAAGUCUUUUCAAUACCUGCCACCUCCACGGUCUGAGAAAAAAACCAUACUGCAUCCUUCUUUCCAGACCGACUUCUUUGACUUCCUUACUCGUCGUUUCCUUCUUGUCAUCCACCGACAGGUAGCCAUCAUGGGUGCCUACGAUCCAAAAUACCACUUUUCUCGAAGGAUAGUUCUUGAUUCUUCAUUGACAAUGCUGUCACACUUUGGAGUCUCCACCGGGUCUAUUGGUGAAGAUGGUAACCGGAAAGCUCCAUUGGCGACAUACUGCGGUGGCAUGUUUUGCAAUGAACUUUUGAAUGCGGCACUUAGCAUUUGUGUGGAAAUGCUAAUGGGAAAGGUCGAUAUAGAAACCUUGGGUUGCUCAAUUCAUGACCAAGCACUGUCCACAAUGACGGGCUCAAGUUCUCGUUUAGCAGAUAACCACUUAUUAACCGUCAUCGAGGGAGCCAUAAGGAUGGUUGAGCGAUGGAUAUUAGAAGGACACGGGAUGUAUAACAAGAUAUAUCUGUGCUUAUGCACGGCAUUCAGUUCAGUGAAAUCGCGGUACGCCAACGAGGAACCACAGGCUGCUGUAUCGACGGCAAUUUCCGAGAGCAUUCAGAAUUUCAAGAUGUUGCUGCUCCAGAGGACGCCUGGAAUUCAGAUAUUCGAUGGUACAGUGGUACAGAACGAUACUCCCGAAUCCAGUAUUUCUAUGGUGGACCAUGCAGACGGUUGUAAUAACAUUCAGGUCAGUCGAUGUUUUGCACAUUCUACACUUACAAGCGAUAUAGUGCGCGGAGAGAAUGAGUGGGAUAACAGUAACCUUGAUUCGUGGGAUAUCGAUUGGGAGUUUUAG